CAACUUUGACACAAAUGACACUCAUUUGACAGUUGUUUUGACACUAAUAUUGUCAAGUACUUAAAAUGUUCCAUUUAAAUUAAAUUUACCGUCUAACAACAACCGAACGAUUAAAUUAAUAAAUUAAAUCGUAUAAAGUGCGCUUCGAAAUUCCCAACAGCACCAAGAAAUGUGACGCUCUGACCCUGGUUUGUUUUCGGUACGGGUUUUUUAUGGUUAGGUUAAGGGUCGAGUAUCGCCAAACAGAAGCACGAAAACGCCUCGAAAUUGAUUGUCUCGCGUCUCCCGAGCCUCUCGGCUUCAUCCACAAAUGAGGACGAAGAACUUCUUUGUGACGGUAAGCGUAAUCGUGACGUUGAGCUUGAUGUUCGUGCUGUUCGGACAGGAGAAGCCGGAGAGCAUCCAUGACAUCGUGUCGACCACCAACGAGCAAAUAAGGAAUUUCCAGGUGAACCUGAGAGACGCCGAAACGAAGACUUUAAAUGCGGACGAGAAGUACUUAAAAAUAUUGGGGUUCGUAGACGAGCCGAGGAGUUAUCCUAAAGAUGUGUGGACUAAUACGUCGUUACCUGUGGUUGUGACCUACGUUAGAGAAGGCCAGGAAAGUCAAGCGAUCGGUUUCGUAAUUAACAUGGCUAAAGUGUUGCCGAAUAAUACGGUUUUAAUCUAUAAUUUGGGUUUGGACGAACAGGGUUUCAAAUUGCUCACGAAUUUUUGCAAUAGUUCGAGAUGUCGCGUAGUCGAUUUCGAUUUGAAUCGCUUCCCUCCGCACGUGCUGCUUGAGAAUUUACACGCGUUUCGGCCCCUUAUCAUUCAGGACGCCCUGCAACACACCGGCGCCGUUUUCUUCCUCGAAUCGAACUACCGAUUGUCCCACAACGUGAUAACGAAACUGUUCGAAGACAGGGCGUUGAAAUCGGGCGUGCUCGCCUGGCCGUUGGACCUCAAAAAUCCCGUAUCCAGCCUCACGCACAAGAAGAUGUUCGAAUAUUUCCUCACCGACGCCGAUAAUUUCCUGUUCCUCGAAAUGGUGAAAUCCGACGCUUUGUUAAUCGUCAACACUCCCAUCGUCCAUCGGCAAGUGAUGCUUCCCUGGGUGCAGUGCGCCCUCACGCAGGACUGCAUCUUCCCCGUGGGGGCCCAAUCGGCCGGCUGUAAGUUCGACAAGAAGCCGCAGUACAGGUACUCGGGCUGUCACGGCUACGACGCCUCAGCUUUGAACGUGGUGCUGGGGCUGUUGUUCAAGCAGGACGGCGGGGCGUACACGUGUUACGACAAUUCCAGCGGAUAUUUCGAUGUGAUCCCUCUGAACGAGGCCGAUCGGUUGCUCAAGCGGCUCGAAUCGAACUCCACCACCGAAGAAUCGUUUCUUCGGUCGAGUUAAUUUCUGCAUAACGAAUUUCCUCGGUAGGAUUCUGCUUAGUAUGCAUGAUGUUGUGUACAUGAACCUUGGGAAUGUCCCUCGUAGCUUCUACGAGUUUUAUAAAGUAAUAUCAACACGUUUCUACGAUUUAGCGUAUCUUACGAAUGCCACUUCACGUUUGUGAUUUGAUUUGAAUUUAUUUGGAAAUUUCCGUCGUGAAAUAUCUCGAAAGGAAAUUUAGUAAACGUUCCUCUAAAACGCGCCGAUUGCUCAAUUUAAAUUUACAACUUUAUCGCGGAUGAUUACGAUUACUCAAUUGAAUUGCUCAAUUUUUAAUUUACAAAACCUUUGGGGUUUUAUUUUAUUUUGUUUAAUACUUUUGUACAUAUAUUUUGUUGGUCGUUUUUUUUUUGUUUUUAUAAGGGUGUUUCGACGAGUCGAAGGUUUGUACAUUUACCAAUGGAACACUCUGUAUAUUGAAAUUGUUGUACUUAAACCCUUCUAUUUGUUUUCGCCUAUUUGUAUUUUCUUAUGCACAUAAGUGCAAAUUUGUUAGCAAUACGAGAGCAACAAAGACAACUUCUAUUUAUUCAUUCAUGUAAAGGAAAAAGAAAUAGUGAUAUCGGGAGAUUGCAACUAUCUCACUCUACUAACUGUUAUUCUAUUCAUCUUUCUUUGUUCAACUCAUAGAAUUGAGUAUAUUGAAAACAAAUUUGCACUUGCCCAUAUUUUUUUUUUGUAUUUUCCCUGCGUAUAUUUGUAGUUUAUCAUUUCAUGCCAUUCCACAUGCAAUCUACUUUCAACAUCACAAAUGAAAGCAAAUUAAACUUAAUACAUAUCUACAUAUAGUAUCUUAUCUCAUCAUUUUAUAAGCACUUAAAUACUAUUAAAUAAGAUGAUAUACAGUGUGAUAUACCUAGAUUUAGAACUAUUUUAGUAUGUUAAGUUCUUGCCGAAAAAAAGAAAAUCGACAACUGGUUAAUUUUUAUUUGAAACUUCUACACGCAAUUGUGAUACUUGUGGAUCUAUAAAAAUACUCGGUUUUUGUAGUUUUGUAGGUCUUGUUCUAUUUUUCGGUAGGAAUUCAAGAGGCCUGGUUUUUCCCACUCGGAAUAAAAUACGUUCUUGAGUUUUGUGCGCUUGCGCAAAACAGUUUGAAGCAUCCGGGGAUUGUUCUAAAACUGGAAAUUCUACAAUUUACAGUUCGAUUAUUACUCGAUUUAUUCUCUAUGGGAAAACCGGCCGAAAGUAUUUUAUAAAUAAUGAAUAACUGUAAAAAUUUCCACACUAUUAUUAUUUAUUUCUUCGUGAUAAUAUCAAGCAGUAUUCGUUUAUUGCGGGCCAUAUUCGUUUGUAUUGAAGUUUCUAGUCAAUAUUUAUUUGAUAUUCGUCAGAUUAAUAAAUUUAAGUUGAAACAUGGUUGGAGUUUUUUAAAAAUUAUUUAUUUUCACAUUCACGGCGAUAAUAAAGCUCAACAAACACAUAAUAAGAAGAUAAAAAUGUAUAAAACGGUAAGUAACAAUAGUAAAAAUUAACUCAAAUUCAAAAUAAAAAUUUUAUAAAUCAUUACGUAAAUAAUACAAGAAAAUGUUAAAUAUUUCGAAAAUGAAUUGAAUAAAAUUUAAUGCACUUAUCAUCUAAUGUAUUUCUAGAUACGCUCGUUUUUUUAACAGUACCAUCGAAAGCGCGGAAUGUUCGUAUUUAGACCGAAAAAAUAAUCAAGAUUCAAAACUUUUUAUAAAAUUCUCUAUACAAGAUCAAAAACAGUAUUUUCAUUUUUUAUCAAAACUAUAUAUUACUAUGAUCCCACUUUAUCAACAAGAAAAUAUUUGUUAUCAGUAAAACCCGUAACAGCAUCUGUUCCCGUAAAAAAUAAACCUCUGUGGCGAACUUUCCAACAAAAUACCAAUCGCGCCUCGUAUAAGUAAUACGAGGUCGAUUCGUUAAAAUUUAAAAGGGCAAUAAAAUAAAUUAUUCUUCGAGAUUAGAGUUUUGCAGUGAAUACCAAGCGAAAAGUGCGAAUUACUAGCUAGCAAAUUAUCGAUUGGGCUUUCCCAGAUAACCGAUCUUUCCCCCAUCAAAACAAUUUGAAACAAAUCGCGCCCGUUUGAAUACAAUUCCACACAGCCCAAUCAACAGCCCUCUUCGAACACCGAUCAACUUAACAUUUAGCUCGCUCGUUACAUCUAAAACUACCCUAAUAAGGACACCCCAAGCGUUUUAACUUAGAGCGCGAACGCCACAGCGGACAGCAGCACCCCGACGAAGGUGAAUCCUGCAAGGCUGGUUGCCGAGUUGCACUUGUCGGUCUCGCAGGUCUCGCAGCUCAGGUUCUGCAGGCUGUCGGGCUCGUCGCUGGCCUGCGAUGAGAGCCAUCCCACGGCUUUGGAGAUGGCCGAGCAGCCCACGGUGGCCGGCGGGAGGCAGCCCCUGGCUAUGUACUCCUUGCCGUCUUUGUCUGGAAACCAUC